AUGGCGUCGUCGUAUGCCGGCGCCGUGGCCCAGCAGCAACAGGAUGGGCCCUAUGAGGCAGAGGUGGUUGAUAUUAUUAAACGAAGCUUGGUUUCAGUAGACUAUAGAACGAACCAUGAUGAUGGAGAUAUAAAACAAUAUAUGAUUGUAGAGGCUUUAAUUGAGAAUGGGAUCCCCAUAGGAAGUAUUAAAACAGUUUUAAAAGUUGGUCAAGGACAUUUUAGUGUCAGGUUCCAAAAGGGGGACCCGCAAAUGAAUGAGGUCCCAGCGGUUUUGGACAUUAACGGGGUAGGAUUUUGGCUCGAAAAAGCAGCUGACUUUGAAAUCAAAAGAUUCCACACGAGCAGGUACGUAAAGGUGCACAAUUACCCGGGAGAGUGUGACAUUGGAUGGAUAAGAGAGACAUUACAAAAGUAUGGCUUAGUGAAAGCAGCAAAGAGAGAGAUGUUGAGGGAGUAUAACACGGUAGAGAGUGGCACGGUGACAGUUGUCAUGAAUGUUGGGGCUAAAGUCCCAAAAGUAAUUUAUGUAAAGGGCAACAGAUUCCGGACUUGGUAUAGAGGCCAAGAAGACGAACUGAGGGGAGACGCCACGUGCUUUCGCUGCAGGAGAAAAGGGCAUUAUCGGUAUGAAUGUACAGAGCAGUUGGGGGAUAGAGCAGACGAAAAGGAGAAUGAGAAGGAAGACGACGUGGAAGGAAGAGUACGAAGUGUAGUGCAGAGAGUUGAGCAGGGAGAGAAGGUCGAAGAUAGUGAGAAGGAGUUAGGCGAAGAGAGCGAGAGUAGUGCAGCGGGCAGGUGUGAGGAGAUGGGAGAGAGUGUCGAGGAUGGCGAGAAAGAGAAUAGUGACGAAACAGGGAAGGAGGCAGCUAGAGAUGGAGAAUGGCGAGGUGUAGUGAAGGCUAGGAGGAGAGGGGAACAGUCAGUUUGGGACACGCCCACAGAGGUGGCAAACCGGCUAAAAGAAGCAAAGGACAGUGUAGAGGAGAGUAUGGAUGAUGAGCUGAGAGACCUUUCCAAGCCGUUAAGUAUAGACCUAGACUCUCCAACUAAUGUCAAUGUAAUUUUGAAAGGUUUCGCAGGUAGUAGGCCGACGACUCCUGACGGGGAUGCCGAGCGGCUUGUUGGCACUGUCAAGAGGGGAAAUGAUAGGGUUGAAAAAAGCCCAGAGGACUUAACGAACAAGGCCCAAAACAAACAAAACAACAAAAAGCCCAACUUGGGAGUGCCAUCAAGAACAAGGCGUACCUCGCCAGGUGCAGCAUCUUGUACGAAGUGUUCUCGUGGGAAGCAGUGUCCAUCGAAGACGAGAGAGUCCUCGUGUGGGCGCGGGAUGUUCAGCGCGGGUGGCAAGCAAUAUUGCGACAUGUGCGACAUUGGGACAUACGUCAAUGAAGAACACACUGAAUGCAAGGACUGUCCUCCUGGCUCCUACUGCCCGAGCCCUGACAGGAAGCCCCUCCCAUGUCCUCCAGGAUUCAUCUCAGAGGCAAAGGCUACCGUCUGCAUACGAUGUCAAGCUAAUCAGCUACCAAAUAGUGAGAAAAAUAAAUGUAUUCCCUGUGGAGCUGGGAAACACUGCCUUGAUCUUAGCAAGGGUCCAGUUGAUUGUCCAGAUGGUUAUUAUUCCAAAGAAGGUGAAUCGAGUUGCAGGGCAUGUCCUGCUGGCCACCACUGUAAAUCCAAGACGACAACAGAGAAAUGUUCACCUGGGACUUAUGCUGAGAGCGGCUGGAGGGAAUGUUUGCCUUGUCCUGCUGGGUUUAAGUGUAGUGGACAGGGGACAUCCAGCCCACAGAUAUGUGACAGGGGGCAGUACAGUGAAAAAGGUGCCACAAGUUGCAAAGACUGCCCACCAGGCAAGUUCUGCAUCAAUCCGUCAGAAGAGCCAAAGAGUUGUGAAAAGGGGACGUACUCAAAGGGGAAGCUUGAUACCUGUUUGCCGUGCCCGGCUGGCAUGAGCUGCCCCUCAAGGAACUCUGUCGAAGAAUGUAAAGAUGGAUCGUAUUCUUUCAUACGUGAGGAGGAGUGCUCACCGUGCCCAAAAGGGAGCACAUGCGCUAAUAAAGCAGACGUGCCCCAGCCAUGUCCUUCCGGUCAGUACAACGUCGAGUCAGACUCCAAGGCCUGUAAGCUUUGUCCUGCUGGAUCGAUGUGCCCUAAGGCUGAUCAGGCACCCAAGAGUUGUCCCCAAGGGGCGAUCAGCAGCCCAGGACAGACCAACUGCACCAUGUGUCCUGCAGGCUACAAGUGUCCUAACCCGAAGGAGUUUCAGAAGAUGUCUGCCUGUGCCCAGGGGACUUACUCCAUGGCAGGACAAUCGGACUGUACUGAGUGUCCUCUGAAAAAGUACUGCCCAUACACUGACCAAGCGAUAUCCAAUGACUGCCCUCCGGGGACGUACUCUGAGGGCAAACAGAUGGUGUGUACCCAGUGUAAGCCUGGCAAAGCUUGUCCACAGACUGAUGGGACUGGGAUCGUCGCUUGCAAAAAGGGAGAGUACUCUCUACCAGGAGCAGUAAAGUGCCAGAUCUGCCCAACAGGGUACGCCUGCCCCAGUUCAACCAAUGGAGAAAUCAAACGCUGUCCGAGCGGUACAUUCGCCGAGGCCAAGCAGACAAAGUGUACGCCGUGUCCACCGGGAAAGAUGUGCCCAAACACGAAGAAAGAUGAGCAGAUGCCUUGUCCGGAUGGAACGUAUUCUGUCGGGAAGCAGGCGUCCUGCACGCUGUGUCCGCCGGGGUUUGAAUGCCCUGAAGUCACUGGGAAAGACAAGAAGGUGUGCCAACCAGGUUUCUACUCCCUGGGUGGCAAGAAGAAGUGUGAGGAGUGUUCCGAGGGCUCAUACUGCCCUAGUACCGUCUCAGUCCCAUAUGGAUGUCCGGCUGGGAUGUAUAGCGAGGCUGGGAAGUCGAACUGUACGGCGUGUGAAGCGGGAUUCAAGUGUCCCACAGCCAAAGCCUCGGAGAAGACGGAGUGCCCCAAAGGGUUUUAUUCCCGGAGCUAUGCGUUGCUUUGUAAAGCCUGCGAACGAGGUUACAUCUGUGAGAAACGUUCAAACUCGAGUCGCCCAGUUGACGGCAUCUGUAAUAAGGGCGGGUAUUGUGAUGGGAAGAAGUUUCAUAAAUGUCCAAAAGGAACGUACAAUCCCUUCAAUGGUUCGAGAGACAUUCACGACUGCAUCAUUUGUCCAGCCGGUUACGUGUGUUACCUGAAGGGAAUGAUGAGAUAUGACAAGAGAGAGUGUAAGCUGGGACACUACUGUCCCCCUGGCGUCAACGUUACUGGUGGAGAGGGCAUAGCAUGUCCAAGUCCCAAUAACUGUACGGAAUGCCCUGCAGGACAUUUCUGCCCCUCGGGAACUGCCAAAGCACCGUCGACUCAUCCAAAGCCUUGCAAACCCGGCACGUACAAUCCCCUCAAUUAUACCGCCCAUGAGUUCAACUGUAGGAAAUGCGAUGCUGGCUGGGCGUGUCCCGACUGGGGUCAGCCGAAUGUUACGGAACCAUGCUCAGAAGGUCAUUAUUGUCCUAAUAGCACUGUCAAUCCUACCGACUACCCAUGUCUACCGGGGACAUACACUGGACAAACCAACUUGACCAGGGCUGAUGAGUGUGACCCUUGUCCUCAAGGGAAGGCAUGCUUCUGGGGCACAGGGCGUCAUUGGAAUGGCUCUGUUCCCAUGGAUUGUGCUCCAGGACACUACUGCCCUCUGAUGACACCGACACCAACUUCAUUCCCGUGUCCAAAGGGGACGUAUUCAGCUAAGAUAGGACUUUAUAAAGCAUCACAAUGCACUGUCUGCCCGGCUGGGAAAUAUUGUAGAGCUGGUCUGACUCAUCCCACUGGAUCCUGUCCACAAGGGUUCUUCUGUCCAAGCGGUACUAAACUUCCUAAGCAAUACGGAUGCCCGAAUGGAACAUAUAAUGAUGAGGAGGGGAUCAAAGCAGCUAGUGACUGCAAGAAAUGUACUAAAGGUCACUACUGUGAAUACGCGUCCAUUAUCUCGGCUCCCUGUAGGCAAGGAUCGUACAUGCCGCACGGAAUGGCUGCUGAUGGCAAAUCGUCCGGCCGUCCUGCCCAGAGGAGAUUCGACUGCCUUCCAUGUGUAGGCGGUCAUUGGUGUGGCUCUGCAACCAUCAUCCCUAAACCCUGCGGUCUGAGCAUGUACUCAGACACCGGCUGGAAGAAGUGCAAACCGUGUCCACAAGGUUUCUAUUGUGACCUACAAGCUACGUCAGAGGUUGUCAUGAAGGCAGAGAAACAGUGCACAGCUGGGAUGUACUGUGGUGGGGGCUUGAAGAGCAUGGCGAAGGCAGUGCCCUGUACCAAGGGAAAAUACUGUAUCAAAGGCACACCAGUUGAACUCAACUGUCCUGUCGGUACUAUCAGACCGAAUCCAGGUGGCACUGGAUUGCAAGACUGUGUCCCAUGUCCUGCCGGAGCUUACUGCUUGGAAGGAUCAUGGAAAAUCUCUGGACGGUGCAACAAGGGUUUCUACUGCCCGACGAAUUUUAGUAAUCCGUAUCACAGUGGGGUGGACUUCAUUGGUUCAUACGGGCCAAGACAGGUUCCGUGUCCCCCUGGCACAUACACGGAUCAGGAGGGCACUCGGAAUGUCGGAGAAUAUUUGGACCACUAUUUGAACUGUACCUGGUGUGAUGCUGGUUUGUACUGCGACUCACCAGGCCUGAUGUCACCCCGGGCACCAUGUGACCCAGGCUACGUCUGCCGGGGUGGGGCAUCCACGUCUGCUCCUGUUGAUGGCAAGACUGGUGACGUCUGCCCAAGAGGAGGAUAUUGUCCUCUAGGAUCUGGCAAGGCUACGCCGUGUCCCCUUGGAACCUACAGCAACAUCACAGGAGCCAUUAACGAUUUCGACUGCUUUGAAUGUGACCCAGGCUACUACUGUAACAAAGUGGCAGGCGGUGAACCAACUGGGCUCUGCUAUGGCGGCUACUUCUGUCGUGGUGGUGCCAAGACUCCAACUCAGAACAUGUCACAACCAGGUUACUAUGCUCCCAAUGGCUCAAUACAUCCAAGGAAAUGUGAAGAGGGGACAUACAAUCCUUAUCCUGCUGCUUCUGAGUGCCAGGCUUGUGACGAGGGGGCGUAUUGUCCAGAAAGAGGCCUGAACCAAUCCAGGCUGUGUCCGAUGGGAAAGUACUGCCCUCUAGGGAGUGUGACGCCUAUCAACUGUCCAGUGGGAACUUAUAAUAAUCGCACUGGUAUGAAGUUGGAAUCAGAGUGUCUCCCGUGUCCUCCGGGUCAUUACUGUAGUGAAUUGGGAGGAGCAUAUCCCACCGGCAAGUGCAUGGCGGGACAUAUCUGUUACAGAAGAGCUGUUAACGCCCAACCCAUCUUCGUCCAAUCAGAUAGUGAUUUCCUGCUCGACGUCUGGGGUGAGGUUUGUCGGGAAGGCCGCUUUUGCCCAGAGGGAACCGACACUAUGCUGCCGUGCCCGGUCGGGACGUAUAACCCCGACAAGAUGGGUAGGUCCGUUGAUGAUUGCCGGCCGUGUGAUCCUGGGAAGUAUUGCGACAAUACGACAUUGACAGCUCCAUCUGGUAUUUGCACUGCUGGUUUCUUCUGCAUCAGUGGGAUGACAUCACCUACUCCUGCCGAGAGUCCGAUGGGAGGCCUGUGCCCACUACACCACUUUUGCCCCAAUGGCACGAGUCUACCUAAAGCCUGUCCAUCGGGCUUCCAUGCCAACUCCACCGGUAUGAGGACCUGUAAACCUUGCCCUGGUGGAUAUCUCUGCUACUCUAGGACAAGGCCGGAAUUGUGCCCAGAAGGUCAUUACUGUCCUGGUAGUAACUUGACGUCACCUCUCCUCCUGCCGAUGCGAUGUCCGAUGGGAAGGUACAGCAGACGUCGCGGCCUAGAGAUGAAAAGCCAAUGCAAGAGUUGUGAGCCGGGCUCUUACUGCAACCAAGAGGGGAUGACCCAAGUGUCUGGACCCAUCAGUGGUGGGUACUGGUCCUCCUUGGGAGCAACCUUCUCACAUCCUCCCAACAGCCGAACGUAUGGAGCCUGCCCUAGGGGUUUUUAUUGCCCAGUCAGUUGUGAGAAGCCGAUUCCUUGCCCUGUUGGCACAUAUAGCUCUGAUCUGUGGCUACAGAGUGCCGACCAGUGCCUGCCUUGCCCCGGUGGGAAAGCCUGCCCAGAAACCAACAUGACACAACCGGGGACAGAUUGCUAUGCUGGGUACUACUGCGUAAGGGGGUCAACAGAUCCAGCUCCGGGGAACAACACCAUGGGGGGAUUUUGUCCAUCAGGUUCCAUGUGUCCUACUGGUUCCGAGUACCCCACAGUCUGUAAAGCCGGUACCUACCAGGAGGCAGAGGGAGAGCCAACAUGUGACGAUUGUCCAGCCGGGUUUUACUGUCUGACAAAUACCUCGUCGCCAACACCGUGUCCUCCUGGUUACUACUGCCCCCUGGGGACAAUUAGAGACAACCAGUUUCCGUGCGAUGAAGGAACGUUUUUCAAUACGACUGGAGCCAGUGAGAAGAAGGAUUGUAAGCCCUGCACGCCGGGAUACUACUGCCUUGUUCCGGGUCUUGCCACACCCACUGGGCCCUGCAAGCAGGGAUUCUACUGCUCAGGUGGUUCGGAGUACAGCCAGCCUUACAGGGCAUCUCGAGGAGGAGCAUGCAAGCCGGGGUCCUACUGCCCCGAGGCCAGUCCAUUCCCUAUUCCCUGCACCCCCGGGUGGUAUUGCGACCAGCAUAUGAUGUCGCAGCCAACUGGGAAGUGCUAUCAUGGCUUUUAUUGCAAAAUGGGCGCGAGUACCCCCGCACCACGAGACGGGUCAUCAGGAGAUAUUUGUCCACGAGGCCAUUUCUGCCCUGUUGGAAGUCCUAAUGCCACCGCCUGUCCCGCCGCGACAUAUAACCAAAUCCUAGGUGGGAGAUCGUUGAAGGACUGCCUCAACUGUACCAAGGGGUAUUAUUGUGAGAACGAGGGCAAUGCUCGGCCUACUGGGCCCUGUCAUACGGGGUAUUACUGUCCUAGUGGAGUGGAUCAGGGCAAUCUGACACAGUUCAUUUGCCCUCUUGGUCAUCGCUGCCCGAGAGGGAGCUCAGUUGCACUGCGAUGUUCCCCUGGAUCAUACCAGGACGAGUUUGGACAGGGAAGCUGUGAGACGUGCCCGGCUGGUUACUAUUGCGAUACGCUGGAGGCUGUCGUGGCAUAUAAUGAAACUUCCAUUUGUCCGAAGGGUCAUUACUGCCCUCCUGGUACAAGAUUUGCCAAGGAACAUCGCUGCCCCCCUGGUACGUACAACGAUGAAGAAGGGGCUGGCAGUAUCGCUGGGUGUCUACCAUGUUCUGGGGGCUACUUCUGUGACCGAUAUGCCCAAGUUAAAUACACAAACAGUUGCCUGCCGGGGUACUACUGCAGGAAGGGUGCCAAGUCUGGUACACCUCGCCAGGGAGGUGAUGCCAACCGGUGCCCACGUGGAUUCUACUGCCCUCUACAGACUGCUGAACCACAGGCCUGUCCAAAUGGAACAUUUUCUAAUGUUCGCAAAUUGACGGACCUGAGGGAGUGUCAGAAUUGUACUCAUGGUCACUACUGUGGGAAGGCCAACCUGACAUCCCCUGAAGGCAAGUGCCUAGCAGGGUACUACUGUCCGCCGGGCUCCAUUCUCCCUGAUGAGAUCAUAUGCCCCAAAGGUGGCUAUUGCCCAGAAGGAAGUUCCUUACCUGAGCUGUGUCCUAGAGGUCCUGCAGGAACUUUCAGCAAUAUGACCGGUCUCAACUCUUCUAACCAAUGCCAGCCCUGCGUGUCUGGCAUGUACUGCCUUGUCGAUGGGCUGGCGAAGCCCUCCGGUCCUUGUAAGGCUGGCUACUACUGCCCUGAGGGAUCGAUAUACCAGCAGCAGAAGGAUAAGACGUGCAUGGUGGGACAUCAGUGUCCUACUGGGACAGGACAACCUAUGCAGUGUCAGAAAAAUAGCUUUGUGAACCACACCCUAUCACCAUGGUGCUACCCCUGCCCCUUGGGACAUUUCUGUAAGGUCCAGGGCCACACCGAACAGUGUCCAAUGGGCCACUACUGCCCUGAAGGGACUGGAGCUGAGCCCAUACCGUGUCCACCUGGAACUUAUGGCAGUCUUCUUAAGCAGUCCCAUCAAUUCAAAUUGAAAGUAGAACUUGACUUCAGCUCUCUCUCCACGGAUACAACGAGCCAGCUGGGUAUGGCCUUGGGCAUGAUUGUCACAUGUUUGGCGUGGAUGGCGCUCAGAUUGGUGUCCUCGGAAAAUGACUGCGGAGCUCUGGAAGCAAUCGCAGGUGAAUGUGGUCCCGGCUAUUGGUGCCUUGCCGGCAUCGCCCACAAGUUCCCUAACAUGAGCCACGCCAACGGUUCAUGUCCUGACCCUGGUAUAGGAGGCAUCUGCACCAUCGGUUACUACUGCCCUGGGGGAUUGAGAAGCAUUAAACCUCUACGGUGUCCGAGUGGGACUUACUCCGAUGAGGAGGGAAGAGUGGACUGCAUUGAUUGCCCGGAAGGAUACUAUUGUCCCAAUGGAACUGGUAAUUUCACCGCAAAUGUCUGCAAGCCUGGCCAUUAUUGUCUGAAGAAGACACAGCACUGGAAUGACUACCCCUGCAAGGCGGGAACUUUCAAUAAUCAGACAGGUGCCACUUCCGAUAAAGCUUGCACGGAGUGUCCAGCUGGUUCCUAUUGUAGCAGUUCAGGCCUGAAUACACCUUCCGGAGAAUGCCAUGGAGGCUUUUAUUGUCGCAGGGGAACCGUCUCGCCGACACCCGAUGGUCACCAAUGCAACAAAGGGACGUUCUGUCCUCCUGGGUCAGCUGAGCCUGUGCCUUGUAGCCCUGGCCAUUACUGUGCUAGCAGCUACCUUCCCCAGCCGACUGGGAUGUGUGAUGCUGGGUACUUUUGUAAGAAGGGGGCGCAAAGACCUGAUCCCGUGGAUGGAACCACAGGUGGUGUAUGCCCAUCGGGAUUCUACUGCCAGGCAGGCUCCGGGAAGCCUCACCCAUGCCCUGUUGGGUCCUACUCCAACACCACAAGGAAUGUCAACAUGACGAACUGUCACCCCUGCCUGGCUGGGUCUUACUGCAAGGACGAGGGCAGUAAGGUACCCACAGGAUCGUGCAGCAAGGGUUACUAUUGUCCUGGUGGACAGAAUUCGUCUCAACCUGAUGGUUAUAACUGCACAAAAGGACAUUACUGCUCCGAGGGGACCAUCCAACCAAAGCGUUGUCCAUCAGGCCAGUACCAGGAUCAAGUGGGGGCGUGGGCCUGCAAGGUGUGUCCUGCAGGGUACUACUGUGAUAGUACCGAGGGGCCUCUCAUAUCACAUCAGGAUAAGAUUUGCCCAAGAGGGUUCUUCUGUCCUAAUGGAACUCUCUACGCUAACAUGUUUCCAUGUCCAAGUGGAACGUUUGGUAACGAGACCGGCCAAACAAAUGUGACAGGAUGCCACCCCUGUCCUGCGACAUUCUAUUGCGGAGGGCAAGGACUGCAGGAGCCAACUGGAUACUGUGAUGCAGGUUAUAUCUGUGUGUCUGGAGCUAAUGUCUCCACGGCGUCUGAUGGUAGGACUGGGUACGUCUGCCCAAUGGGUCAGUACUGCCCUCGAGGAAGCCUGGCCCCCUAUCCCUGUCCUAAGGGCACCUACAGUGGCACUCUGAGGCUGAGGGAGUCCAAGCAGUGUAGGGCAUGUCGGGGAGGUCAUUACUGCCCGAUUGAAAACAUGAUGACACCUGGACCACUGUGUCUAGAAGGCUUCUUCUGUUCUGGAGGUGCAGACAACCCCAAACAGAAUCCCUGUCCAAAGGGCAGUUACUGCGUCAAUGGUACCAUGCAUCCAACGCCAUGUCCUGUGGGGACCUUCUCAAACCAGACUCAUCUGACUUCACAUAACCAGUGCCGAAACUGUUCAGCUGGCUCGUACUGUGGAUACGAAGGUCUGACGAGCCCAUCUGGUGAAUGCUGGGCCGGUUAUUAUUGCCCCGGCGGGAUGAAACAACCAAAUCCCAGCAGCCACGUCUGCCCAAGGGGAAUGCAGUGUCCAAAUGGCAGUGCUCAGUAUCAGCCUUGUGAAGCUGGUGCUUACACCAGCACUGCUGGCAAGGGGUCAUGCAGCCCAUGUCCUCCAGGUUUCUACUGCCUCCCUGCGGUUCCUUCCAAUUCAUCAAGGAAUAUUCUGUCGUGUCCAGUGGGCUACUAUUGUCCACAAGGAACGUACAAUGAUCAGCUGAGGAUGUACGAAGUGACACAGUGUAAACCAUGCCCUGGGGGAACGUAUUGCAAGGAUCUUCAUCAGUCCGCGCCGUCAGGGAAUUGUUCGUCAGGUCACUUUUGUCCCAAUGGAACACGCUACUCUACACAGUUCAGAUGUCCUCCAGGGUCUUACAACGCGCAGAAUGGGAAAUCCACCUUGGAGGACUGCCUCCCUUGUUCUGUUGGUGUGUACUGCCAAGGCUGGGGCAGCAUCGUGCCCACUGGGAACUGUAGCGCUGGUUGGUAUUGCUCAGGGAAUGCUUCCCUCACUCGAGAUAUCAGGCAUGGAGGAAAGUGCCCUGAGGGAUUCUUCUGUCCUGAGGGGUCUUCCACGCCACAGUCAUGUCCCUCAGGCUCCUACUGCCACCUCCCUGGCCAAGCCACUCCCACUGGAAAAUGUGCUGCAGGGUAUUACUGUAGCCUCGAGGCCCACCAAGCCCAACCUACGGACGGCACCACUGGGAAUAUCUGCCCAGCUGGCUUCUACUGCCUGAGAGGGUCGUCCCAACCUGUGCCCUGCGAAUCCGGGACCUACAACCCGACCUUUGGUAACAUGAAGAAAACGGACUGUCUGCAGUGCGACGCUGGGGAAUAUUGUGGAGAGAAGAAUAUGACUGCGACAUCAGGGAACUGCACAGCAGGAUUCUACUGCCCUCCUGGCCAGAGUACAGCAUCCCCAUUUAAGUGUCCUGUGGGUCACUUCUGCCCCGAACACAGCCAUACCCCUAUCCUAUGUCCAAGUGGCCAGUACCAGGAGGAGGAGGGGAGGCCUGGGUGUGACCCGUGUCCUGCUGGAUAUUACUGUGACAACAGCCAUGGUGUGGUCAACAUUAGUAAGGAUGUGCUGUGUCCUGCUGGUUAUUACUGCCCAACAGGCACCGGAAGAAAGAACGAGUACCCCUGCCCCCUUGGAACCUACAGCAUCUUGACCGGUCUGAAUGCCAGUGAGGAUUGUACGCCCUGUGCUGGUGGUCACUACUGCGGGGUGGUAGGCCAAGUGGGGCCUACCGGUCUCUGUGCUGCCGGAUACUUCUGUAGACAGUUUGCAAAGACGGCCACGCCGAAUCAAACUGAUGAUGCUGGGAUUUGCCCACAAGUUGUUCCGCAGGCCACAUUUAAAGGAAUCUUCACAGGUGGUACGACUCAUUGGAUCGAUGUAGCAAUUGAAAAAAGUGACUUGCUCAAGGUCGCAAGUGAUGUGCCCACAUCCAGUCAUUUCUGUCCAGAGGGCACCAACUUGCCUCAAAAGUGUCCACCGGGGACCUACAGUGGAAUAGAGGGUUUGAAGAAUGACUCGGAGUGUCGACUCUGCAGUCCAGGAUAUUUUUGUGCUAGACCAGGCCUGAUAAGUGUCCAAGGGCCGUGUGAGCCUGGAUACUAUUGCACCCAAGCCUCAGCCAAUGCUAGUCAGAUUAUCUGUCCUGUGGGCCGCUAUUGCCCGGAGGGAACUGCUGUGCCAAAGAGUUGCCCAAAGGGCACCUUCAAUCCAACCGAGGGCCUCUCCAAUGUGACAGAAUGCCUUCCAUGCACUUCAGGCAUGCACUGCAACAAGAACGGCCUAAGUCUACCCUCUGGAGUAUGUACAUCAGGCUUCUACUGCCUGCCUGGCCAGAGUUGGCCUACCCCAGAACUAUACAUUUGCCCACUCGGACACUUCUGCCAGACCAACUCUUCCGAGCCUAUUCUGUGUCCUCCAGGGUCCUUUAUGAAUCACACGAUGGCUGAGAAGUGUUAUCAGUGUCCUCCGGGAUGGUUCUGUCUCAAUGGUACCGAUGUCCGACCUUGCCCAGAAGGUUACUACUGUCCAACAGGCACUGGCCUCGCCCCUCAACCAUGUCCAAGAGGCAGGCUCAGCAACGAGACAGGCCUCGCCAGGGCAGACCAGUGCAGACCCUGUCCUGGGGGAGCCUACUGCAACGUGACAGGAGCUACUACAAUAUCGGGCAAAUGUUUCCCUGGUUUCUAUUGUAGUUAUGGAGUUGAUGUCCCAGAGCCUAUAAGUGGGGCUAGCAAUUUGACGAAGACUGAGGUGUGUUGGUUAGAGGUGUUCCACACCGGCGUUGGGGAUGUCUGCCCCAUUGGGCACUACUGCCCGGGCGGGAGUGCCUACCCCCGACCCUGUCCUGCUGGUUCAUAUGGGAAUGAGACUGGCCUGAGAGAAUGUUUAGAAUGCCCGGCUGGGUACUAUUGUCUCCUCGGAUCCAUCAACUACACCACAGGGCCAUGUCCCGUUGGUCACUACUGCUUACCCGGGACAACCCAUCCCCACCAGUACCCCUGCCCAUCCGGGUCAUACAAUCCAGCCACAAUGGCGACGUCUGCUGAUGAUUGUCUCAGCUGUCCACCAGGGCUGUUUUGUUUGACGUCUGGGCUGAGAGAACCAAGUGGGAAAUGUUCGUCAGGUUGGUACUGCACUGGGAACAGCAGCUCUGCCAUGUCUAUCAUCCAUGGUGGUGAGUGUCCGUCAGGUUAUUACUGCCCCGAAGGAGCCUCAACACCGGUCCCGUGCGAUCCUGGAAUGUUCUGCCAAACAGCAGGGUUGGAGUCACCGACAGGGAAUUGCACUGAAGGUUUCUACUGCAUUUCACAAGCCAGCAUCUCGACUCCUACAGACAACACAACAGGCAACGUCUGCCCCUUUGGACAUGUCUGCCCGAGCGGAAGCACCACGCCCCAGCCAUGUCCUGCAGGGUAUUACCUCAAUUCCUCCAAGCAUGAUGAGCUCAGUGAUUGUAUCCUCUGUACUGCUGGCAUGUACUGCCCUGACCAGGGCAUGAAGCGACCAGAGAGAGACUGUCGACAGGGAUACUACUGUCCACCAGGGCAGACAGUCAAGGACCCUGAACAAUUUAGCUGCCCUCUUGGACACUUCUGCCCUGUCGGAUCAGCACAGCCCCAAAGAUGUGAGAGUGGAACUUACCAGAAUAAUACAGGGCAAUGGGAUCUUGUGCUGUUGCCUCUUACGUCUGCCUUUAUCCAUUCCUUUUUACAAGGCCUUGCCAAUCCCUCUCAGUGCCAGCUCUGCCCUGGUGGUAAAGCCUGUCCGAUGUCUGCUACAGUCAGCCCUGACCAGCCCUGUGCACCAGGACACUAUUGCUUGAGAGCAGCAAAGACCAAGGCACCUGUUCAAGGGAAUUCCUCCUUUGGCUACUCCCCUUGUCCAGCAGGCUUCUUCUGCCCAAAAGGAACAGGAGCCAGCCCACGGCCCUGUCCUGUGGGGACAUACAGCAGCGUUGAGGGACUGGCCCAAGCUUCCCAAUGCCUGCAGUGCCCCGCAGGAAAGUACUGUAGCGCUUUGAACCUCACAGCUCCAGAUGGGGAUUGUGCCCCUGGAUUCUAUUGCACCUUUGGAGUGAACGCUGAGCAACCAUCAGGGAACGCUACCGGAGUUGGAGGGAUUUGUCCCCUUGGGCAUAAGUGCCCCCUUGGGAGUGCUGCACCAGUCGUAUGUGAGGCUGGCACUUUCCAGGAUAUGGAGGAACAGCCCACAUGUAAGACCUGCCCUCCUGGCUAUUUCUGCCCAAUGGAAUCAAAAUCUUAUGAAAAGAACGUCUGCCAGACUGGUCAUUACUGCCCAUCUGGUACACAGCAUCCUGGACAGUACUGGUGUGAGAAGGGAACAUUCAAUAAUUUGACAGGAUCCUAUUGUCCUGAGGGCAGUAGCUGGCCAAUGGAUUGUGACCCUGGCAUGUACUGUGAUAGAGAAUUCCUGACCACUCCUCGUGGACCGUGUGAUGAGGGCUUCUACUGUGUGGGGAAUGCAACAUCGCCACGACCUCAAGGAGUUGAAGGUGGACGAUGUCGCCCGGGUUAUUAUUGCCCCAAAAGGAGUGCAUCAGAGCAACCUUGUCCUGCUGGCUACUUCCAGCCAAGUUGGAUGGCUGAGGCUGUAUCUUGGUGCAUCAGUUGUACGGCUGGCUACUAUUGUAAUGAAACUGCUCUUGCUGCACCCACAGGGCUAUGUGAUCCAGGUUACUACUGCCCCAUUGGACAAACUACCAGCAACCCAAAGCAGUUCAUAUGCCCACCCGGUUACUAUUGCGAAAAAGGGUCAAGCAUCUACCAGAUGUGUCCCUACGGAACUUACCAGGACGAAACUGGACAAAGCUCAUGCAAAAUUUGUCCAGAAGGAUACUACUGUGACCCUGGGCAACGUCUGCUUGUGCGGGGCGACUUUUAUCCGUGUCCUGCUGGUCAUUACUGCCCGAAUGGUACCAGGACCGCUACGGAAUGGGCGUGCCCUGUCGGCACUUAUAACAACGUGACUGGUCUGAGCAGUGCUGAUCAGUGUCAGCUCUGUACAGGUGGUUUCUACUGCCCUGGUGGGGGCAUCAUCCAGCCUUCCUUACCCUGCAGUCCUGGCUACUACUGUCGAUCAGGCGCCAAGCUUGCCACACCACGCCAAGGGGAUGAUGCAGAUUUAUGCCCAGUCGGCCACUACUGCCCCGAGAAAACUGUUGAGCCUGUGCCAUGCCCACCGUCAACCUAUGCUAAUAGAACUGGUCUGCGGCAGGAGGAGGACUGUUGGCACUGCAGGGGUGGUGAAUUUUGUGCUGUUGCCGGUUUGACUACACCAUCGGGACUCUGUAAUCCUGGCUUCUACUGUCCUGAGAGCUCAGUGAAUGCAUCACAGAAAAUAUGCCCGGCCGGAAGCUAUUGCCCUCAGGGCACGCACCAUCCGUUCCCGUGUCCAAGUGGCACGUGGUCCAAUGUGUCUAUGCUGGUGGCAAGGAAUGAUUGUCUCGCUUGUCUGGCUGGGUCAUUCUGCCGACAACCCAGGUUGACGUCACCGCAAGGUUCCUGCCAUCCUGGAUAUUUCUGUCCUGAAGGCUCCGACUCCCCCAAACAGCAGCCGUGCCCAAUAGGUUACUUCUGUCCUAAUGGCACAGGCGAACCCAUACUCUGCUCCUCCGGGUCCUACAGCAACCAAACAAGACUGGAUCGCUGCAAUAUCUGUCCAGAAGGGUAG